AUGGAGGACGGGGGACGCAGUAUUCCCACUAUAUUGAUUAAAUUUGGCGAGCUGCCCGGGGAAAUUAACGGCGAAGUGAAGUUCGACACGCGGCGACACACGAAACCCGUCGUUUCUGCUCCGAGUAAAUUCCCCCGCAAACGUGUAAUGAAGCUGAAGAGACAACAAGUGCGUCUGUCGGUUACACCUGAAAACAACGUGGGACAAGCAGGCGCUUUCGGCGUCGGGCGUAACUGGGGCUGGGCGUCGGCGGGCAGCAGCAUCCUGGCCGAGUUUGGGACUCUGCACAUGGAGUUUGUUCACCUGACCUACCUGACAGGAAACCCCGCCUACUACCAGAAGGUGAUGCACAUCCGGAAGCUGCUGGCCAAAAUGGACCGACCCAACGGGCUUUACCCGAACUACCUGAACCCCCGUACGGGCCGCUGGGGCCAACAUCACACCUCGGUUGGAGGACUCGGGGACAGUUUCUACGAAUACCUGCUGAAGGCCUGGCUCAUGUCCGACAAGACCGACGCCGAGGCUCGCAAGACCUACGACGACGCCAUCGAGGCCAUCGAGCGCCACCUGAUACGCAAAUCCAACGGCGGCCUGACGUUCAUCGGCGAGUGGAAGAACGGCCACCUGGAGAGGAAGAUGGGCCACCUGGCCUGCUUCGCCGGCGGCAUGUUCGCGUUGGGCGCCGACGGCUCGCCCGAUGACAAGGCCGGACACUACUUGCAGCUCGGAGCCGAGAUCGCCCACACCUGCCACGAGUCCUACGACAGGACGGUGCUGAAGCUCGGCCCGGAGGCGUUCAAGUUCGACUCGGGCCUGGAGGCGGUGGCCGUCCGGCAGAACGAGAAGUACUACAUCCUGCGGCCGGAGGUCAUCGAGACCUACUGGUACAUGUGGAGGUUCACCCACGAUCCCAAGUACCGGCAGUGGGGCUGGGAGGCGGCGCAGGCCAUCGAUAAGUACUGCAGGGUGAGCGGCGGUUUCUCGGGGGUGAAGGACGUCUACUCGUCCAACCCGACCUACGACGACGUGCAGCAGAGCUUCUUCCUGGCCGAGACACUCAAGUAUCUGUACCUGCUGUUCUCCAGCGACGACCUGAUGCCGCUGGAGAGCUGGGUCUUCAACACCGAGGCUCACCCGCUGCCGGUGCUCCACCUGGGCAACAUCACCCUGCCGGGCAGCGAGCCGGCUCAGCGGUAGACGGACCGGACCUCCCGACUCGGCCGCGGCACUGAGGGGGGGGCGUCCACCCGCCUGCCUGCCCCCCCCACAAAAAAAUAAACAAACAACAAAAACAAAAACAGAACACACCCACCAACAACACCGGACACACUUACAUUCAGACUCUCAGCUGCUUUUGAAGGGCAGAGAAACGCUCCGGCACCGAUCGAGUGAGAGGACUCGCCAGCCGACUCUCUUCUUCUAUGUUUUACUCCUUGUGUCUUCUCUGCUGAAAUCAGGAGGACGGUGGGUGUGCCGCCUCACGUCUGGCUUGAAUCGACUCUUUCCUCUGACGGACGGACGGACGGACGGACGGACGGAGCUCCAAACCAGAGGCUCGAUUAGGGUUUUUUUUGUUAUUAUUUUUAGUCUUUAUUUGACCAAACUUUGAGCGGACUCGAGCGCCGAGAUGGGAUUUUGUGAAGGAUUAACGCAGUUCGACACUGUGCCGACCGAGUUUUGUUUUUCCAGGCAGACAGACAGACGCGAGGACUUUACAGGGUCUGUUGAUGAGACGUGGUAUUUUUUUUUUUUCGUCGUUGUUGUUUUGGACGAAUCGUUAACGGGGGGACACAGGGUCGAAUCAAAGCCCUUCGCUUCUUCUCCCCGACCCGAGCCCAGUUUAAUCGGAUGAACUUUGUCCCGGAACUUUUAGCGGAUGGUCGCGAGUUCGGGAGCAGACCUCACCUCCUCUAAAUCCUCAGUUUUCAGACGAGCGGACCAUCGUAAGCGGAUCAGCAGCGACCCCAGCAGGCCUCCAACACUCCCCAGACGACUUCUCCAUUCUGCUGCUACUCCACUGGAUGCUGCUUUUUUUUAAGCUCCACAAUCGUCUCCUGUCCUCUUAUUUCCCGCCUUUUUUUUCCCGCCUUUUUUUUCCCCCCUCCAUAAAUCGCUUCAGAUUAUUUUCAGAUUGCGAGGCGACGUGUGGAAGUUUGUGUUUGUGUGGCGGUUAAAAAAAAAAAAGCUGUAGAUGAUUUGUUUGUGCACUUUGAAAGACUAUGAAGACGAGGACAGCGGAGGUGUAGCACUGAAUAAACGAAGGCCUUCUCAUGUCCCACUGCUGAGCUCCACAUCAUCAGGUGCCACCAACAUUUCUCUUUCUUCCCGCUUUGUUUUCUACUUUCACCAUCUACUCUUUUUUUUUUUUUCCAAGCUUCUGUCGUCUACUUUAACCUCUACCUCCGUGAAAACUCCCAAAACAACCUGGAGGCCUUUAGUCUCGCAGUUCCUACAAGACUCUGAAAUAAUGUAGAAGUUUGGUUUGAGAAAAUUUAGUCUUAAAAUCAUGUUUUCAGCUUCAGUUAUACGCUCCGGUCACCUGAUAGAUUUACUGUAUGCAGCUGCAGACGUGAUUCGUCUCAUCGUCCGGCUUUAAAAUAUCGACGCAAAAUCACCAAACAGAGCAAAUAAUAAUUGUUUUUUUUAAUACAUUUUGAAAUGCACACGCUCUGCUGAGACUUUGUAAAUUCUCUUUUGGAGGUCACAUUAAUUAACCCGCUUUGUAUCCUGCAACAUAUCAAGAUUUUGUUGUUUUAUAGCUUAAAAAAAAAACUUUAAAAAAAACAAACUGAAACCGUUCCUUUUGGUGAAUUCAGACAUUUGACGUGCUUCGACUGAUUUAUCGAAAAGUCACGAAAUAUUGGAAGCAGGAAAGAGACAAAAACUCGAGCACGGUCAUAAAAUAUCAUAUAAAAACCAGAUUUGGUUCCAGUUUUAGAUGCUAUAAAGAAGCUAAAAGCCUAAUUUCGAUAGUCCGGCGUCGACUUUAACCGUCUCCUCUCAGCUGAAUGAACCAUAUCCGAGGCAGGUCGAGAUGCUGACCGAAGGAAAAUCAUCUUUAGGUGUCCGAUUGUUAUGAAAUAACGUCAACCUUUGAUUAAUCCACUGUUCAAAAUUAACAAAAAAACAGUUUUUUUGUUAUAAAAUCCGUUACACUUUGCUGUUCCUGUGAUUCUGGUGUCUGUUGUUCAUAUGAGCCAAAUGUUUUCCAUUUUAUUUUAAUGUUUUCCAGCCAGUCUAAGAGGACAUCUACGAACUCGGUCGCAGUUUUUACACCACAUUAGCCCAUUUCUAAAAGUACAGACGACGAGCGAGAGAGACGUUUAAAGUGUCGUUGAUGUGAAAUUAAACCUCUCGUGUCCAGAUUCUUCAUAUCAACCGUCUGCUUGAGGUGAGGACAGAAACCGGAGCAGAGUUCGACGGCGACAUCUGGUUUUUAAUGCAGGCGGGAAGCUGGAAAGUAGCACAAAUGAAGUUUGUUUCUGACGUCUUGUCGCCUUAUUGUCCAACGCUUUGUGUUUUGUGAGGCAUCACUGUGAUGUAAAUUCCUUUAUGUUGUUUCUGUUUGCACACACGAAACAGGCAGACGGUCUGAAAGCAGAACCGACUCCUACGAGGACGAGAAAGCCGCUAACGUUUAGUUUACCGCCACGUCAAUCAAAAAAUACAACGAUGCUUCGUUCUGAUUUCUUUAUUCAAAAUUCACGCUUAUGUCCAAAACUAAAUGUGCCGACGUGAUGAAGUUCUGCUAACCGGCUGAUUUAACAUUUAAUCUGGAGCUGAAAGUUCAUCGUUUUCUCCUGACCGUAUUGAACACUGUGACUAAUCAGGAUUGGUUGUGAUGCAACAGGAAGAGCUCAUCAGCUGGAGUUUGCGGAGGACGAGAGCUUCUGUAAUUAGAGAUUUGUCGUCGUCUCCAGACGUACUCGUGGACCAUCGACGACGUCUGGAUGACCAGAAGGUUCCCAUCGCGUGUUGACUUUGUUUUCAGCUCGGUUGCAGCGUCCUUUAACUUCCACUUGUUGUAUUUUUGGACAUAAUAUCAGAAUAAAAAUAUCUGUAGUUAUGUUCGGACGAAGCAGAAAUCCACUUUAAGAUAUCUACAGCAGCUUUACGACCAGUUCCAGUUUAUCCAGAAACAACGAUGAGCUGAAGUUCCGACUCGUCAGACAUGAAGUUAGAACUCGUCGUUGGUCCUGGAAGAAAGAUGACGGAUAUUUAAAAUGUCCUCUUUGACUAGAACUAUCUGGAACACAUAUCCAGUCGAGCUAUUAAACGCUAACGCAGCUUUCCAAACACAACAGAUUUCAACUGAUCAACGUCGACAGUUGCUCUGUAGCUGCUCGUGUUUUGACUCGAAGCGUCGACGGUUGAUUGGAAACGGGCUUAACUUUUUGACAUUUCCUUCACUUAGUUGGGUUUUUCACAGCUUUGACCAGGAGUCGGGUCGAGCUCGCGUUAAAUCGGCUGCGAUCCCAUCAACACAUUUAAUUUCCUCCCCCUCAUCCGUCCACAAUCAUUUCACCUGAACUCCGGUCCGCUGAUGCAGUACGGUCCCGGCUUGGCCCCUCCCCCAGUCUCUGACAUCACACCGACAUCAUCACCUCCACAUAAGGAGGAAACCUGGGCGGCCGUCGGGUCGCUGGGAGUGACGUUGAUUUUGAAAACUGAGUGUUCUGUAUUUGUAUUUUUACUGAACUAAAAUAAAAAAAACAGAAAAGAAAACAAAUAAAGUUAAACUAUCUGUAAAUAUGUUUAAAACUGAGACACAAAUUCAAUAAAGAUGUUAUGAAAAGUGAUCAGAAAA